GGCGUGCCCGCCCACUCGUCCUGGCCCGCUGGCUCCCGGCCGCUCGGCGGAGGCGACCGCGCGGAUGGUCUUGGCUGUGUCCACAUGCUGGGCUUCAUCACCAGGCCUCCACAUCAACUCCUGUCCCUUCUGUGUUCCGGACUCCGGAUACCCCGACUCUCAGUACUUUGUGCUCGGCCCAGGCCCAGAGCCAUGGCUGUCUCCUCUUCCUCCUGGGAACUACCCCUGGUGGCUGUGUGCCAGGUAACAUCGACACCAGACAAGCAGCAGAACUUUAAAACAUGUGCUGAGCUGGUUCGAGAGGCUGCCAGACUGGGUGCUUGCCUGGCUUUCCUGCCUGAGGCGUUUGACUUCAUUGCACGAGACCCUGCGGAGACGCUACGCCUGUCUGAGCCACUGGGUGGGAACCUUCUGGGAGAAUAUACCAAGCUUGCCAGGGAAUGUGGACUCUGGCUGUCCUUGGGUGGUUUCCAUGAGCGUGGCCAAGACUGGGAGCAGACUCAGAAAAUCUACAAUUGUCAUGUGCUUCUCAACAGCAAGGGGUCGGUAGUGGCCACUUACAGGAAGACACAUCUGUGUGAUGUAGAGAUUCCAGGGCAGGGACCCAUGCGUGAAAGCAACUCUACUAUGCCUGGGCCUAGCCUUGAACCACCUGUCAUCACACCAGCAGGCAAGAUUGGUCUAGCUAUCUGCUAUGACAUGCGGUUCCCUGAACUCUCUCUGGCACUGGCUCAGGCUGGGGCAGAAAUACUUACCUAUCCUUCAGCUUUUGGAUCCGUUACAGGCCCAGCCCACUGGGAGGUGCUGCUGCGGGCCCGAGCCAUUGAAACCCAGUGCUAUGUGGUGGCGGCAGCACAGUGUGGGCGCCACCAUGAGAAGAGAGCAAGUUACGGCCACAGCAUGGUGGUGGACCCCUGGGGAACAGUGGUGGCCCGCUGCUCGGAGGAGCCAGGCCUUUGCCUCGCCCGCAUUGACCUCAGCUAUCUACAAGAGCUGCGCCAACACCUGCCAGUGUUCCAGCACCGAAGGCCUGACCUCUAUGGCUACCUGGGCCAACCACUGUCUUAAGACUUCUGACUCCUACAAGUUGAGAUCACCAUUGUGGUUGGGGCUGCUGUGACCUGUAGGUGGGACCCAGGCACAGCUCUCCUCACUUGGAAAAUCUUGACUCUUCUCAUGGAAGACAGGCUCAGCUUCUUGGGAAAGAAGAAACGUCUACCUGAGCUCAGAUUUCAGUUUCAGAAAGGUGGCAUUUUUUAGUCACUGUUUAUUUCUUGAAAACUGAAGUUACGCUGAGGGCUGAGCAGCAUUGGCAUUGAAAAAAAAUAGAUAAUAAUCACAAAGUCUGUGUGUCUGGACACCUCGUUUGGGAGUGGAUGGGGAGGCAGUACUGGACCAGCUGGACUCGGCUCUGGUUCUAAGCCUCCAAGCCGACACCGCGUGCCUCCCUACCUAAAUAAAAGUGCAACACUCA